AGACUACUGCUGGCCAUACCAUAUCUCAUAUUCGACUGGAAAGAUACCUUGAAGAGAAUCUCUUUCUUUGACUUCGACAUUCAUGAAAUCUGUCUCUCUUCCUACAUCACCAAGCGCGUCUAAACUGUAGGCGUCUUCCCCUCAUGGCCUGCGACGCCUUGGCAUAGGCGUGUUGGCUCCGGCAAAGGAAAUCCGACCGACGAAGAACGGUCAUCGAUACAAGCAGGAGGGGGGUGGUACACUAUUUCAAGGGCGAUGGCCGCUCAGUCAACGCUCCGAGCUCGAGAAGACCCUCUCGUUGCGCUGUACACUUAUUACGUCAAUCUCAUCCGGACUCGAAUCAAGCAGUCAUCGAAGACUUCCAGGUUAAUUGCAACGCUAGCACUUCUGUUCUCGAUCAUAGGAAGUGGAUAUGGAGGGUAUAACUGGUAUCAGCGAAAGGUGAAGGAGCGUGCGCAGGGUAGAAGGUUACUGCGUCGGAAUUCGGGGAUCAGGGGCAAGGAUGGAUCUCGUACGAUUUAUGUGCCGUACAAGGACUCGAUGACCUCCAAGGUCAGUAUCCACCCGACGAAGCCUACAACAUUCGAUGCACACAGGCGGCUGUUUCUGAACCCACCAGCGUCAGCUCGGGGAAAUGACGAGGAAUCCGGCCCGAUGAUCCCUCCACCAACAACAAAGCCAGGACUGAAUCUGGCAUUUCUACACCAGUUUCUUAGUCUGUGGAGUAUCAUGGUUCCUCGGUGGAGUAGCAAAGAGACGGGGCUCCUGAUGGGCCACGGUGUAUUCCUGCUAUUAAGAACAUACUUGUCGCUGCUGAUCGCAAGGCUGGACGGUGCAAUUGUCCGAGACCUCGUUGCGGGUAAGGGGCGAGCCUUCAUGUGGGGUCUCGUGAAGUGGUGCGGUAUCGGUACUCUCGCUUCUUAUACCAACGCCAUGAUCAAGUUCCUGCAGUCGAAAGUCUCUAUUGCUUUUAGGACACGGCUCACGAGAUACAUCCAUGAUCUCUACGUCGCGGACAACAACUAUUACAAACUGUUGAACUUGGAUGGUGGUAUCGAUCAAGGAGCAGACCAGUUCAUCACGCAGGAUCUCACACUCUUCUGCUCAGCCGCUGCAGCACUUUACUCUUCUAUGGGAAAGCCACUAGUAGACUUGUUCGUCUUCAACUAUCAGCUGUACCGCUCCCUAGGGCCUCUGGCUCUUAGUGGCAUCCUCACCGGUUAUUUCAGCACGGCAGUGAUACUUCGCAAGUUGUCUCCGCCUUUUGGAAAACUCAAGGCUGUCGAGGGCAAAAAGGAAGGGGACUUCCGAGGUCUGCAUUCCAGGCUGCUUGCCAAUGCCGAGGAGAUCUCAUUCUACGGUGGCGCAGAUAUCGAGCGAGUAUUUCUCCUUCGGAGCUUCAAAGAUCUGCAGCGGUGGAUGGAAGGCAUCUAUAGCCUCAAGAUCCGCUACAACAUGCUUGAGGACGUCAUUCUCAAAUACGCCUGGUCGGCUUUUGGAUAUCUAAUCACAUCUUUGCCGGUCUUCCUUCCCGCGUGGGGAGGUGCAGGUGGUGCUUUGGAGCUGGCAGAUGCCUACGAAAAGACUGGUCGGGAACGGGGCCGCAUGAAGGAGUUCAUCACAAACAAGCGUCUGAUGCUUUCAUUGGCUGAUGCUGGUGGUCGCAUGAUGUACAGCAUCAAGGACAUUUCGGAGUUGGCCGGCUACACGUCGCGGGUCUAUACUCUGAUAUCCACACUUCACCGAGUCCAUGCAAAUGCCUACUAUCCUCCACCCGGCUCUCAUGCGGAACUGUACUCUCUGGCAGAUGCACAGGGUACCAUCCACAACGGAUUCGACGGUGUGCGGCUGGAACAAGUGCCAAUUGUCGCACCGGCUCUCCAUCCUCGAGGCGGAGACGAGUUGAUUGAAUCGCUGUCCUUUAUCGUGCAUUCCGGUGAGCAUCUUCUUAUUUCAGGCCCGAACGGAGUAGGUAAAUCGGCGAUUGCUCGGAUUGUCGCGGGCCUGUGGCCUGUCUACCGUGGCCUGGUCAGUCGGCCCCGAGGAUUUGGGCUUGACGGCAUCAUGUUCCUCCCUCAGAGGCCCUAUCUUAGCGUGGGGACUUUACGAGAUCAAGUCAUUUACCCUCACACCGAGAUUGACAUGCGCGAGGCGGGGAGAACAGAUGCUGAACUUCAGAAGAUCUUGGAAGAUGCUCGUCUGGGAUACCUGCCUGCCCGUGAAGGUGGCUGGAAUGCUCGCAAAGAGUGGAAGGACGUCCUCAGCGGUGGUGAGAAGCAACGCAUGGCCAUGGCGAGACUAUUCUACCAUGAGCCUCGCUAUGCGUUCCUUGAUGAAGGAACCUCGGCAGUUUCCUCUGACGUCGAGGGCGUGCUGUAUGAACAGGCCAAGGACAGGGGUAUCACCCUGAUCACGAUUUCGACACGCGCGUCCUUGAAGAAGUAUCACACCUUCAGCCUCACCCUGGGUCUAGGCGCCGAAGGGGAACAGUGGGAGUUUGAGAAAAUCGGCACCGAGAAGGAGAAGCUGGGUGUUGAGAAGGAGAUCCAAGAGCUUCGCAAGCGGUUGGACAAGGUCGACGAGUGGAAGCGACGCCGUGAAGAGAUUGACAAGGAGCUGCAUAAGGUCUGGGCCGAGGAGGGAGAGCUUGCUCCUCCACCGUACGAAUUAGGGAACGAAGAAGCCGUGGCUGUAGUAUCGGAGGAAGCAACGGAAGAGGCCAACAUCGACAAGACACAGGAAUAGGUGAUUAUUGCAAAAGAUACUACGCGAGUUAUGUAUUCAGGUUACAGACUAUGAGGAGGUCAAUAUGUAUCUACAUAUGGAUCUGGACUCGUCAAAGUCCGACAAUAUAGACGUGUGCUACCCAACUCUUUCUCUCCGCUGAAGUGUCCCGAAUAUCACCAAAGAAUAACCAUGGCUAAGAGACCGUCUCGAUACCUCCUGCUAAGCGGGUAUGACAGAGUGAGCAUGGCACGCACCAUAAAUAAG